AUGGCAGACAUAGACCUAUGGCUCAACUUAUGCCUUUCAGCCACACUUGUCCUUAUAAGUGGGGCAUUCGCAGGUCUCACAAUCGCUUUGAUGACUCAAGAUGAACUCUCUCUCCGAGUGAUCACAUUUUCCGGCGACGCUGUCGAUCGGGAAAACGCGCAAAAAGUGAUCGCCCUUCUGGCGAAGGGGAAGCAUUGGCUUUUGGUAACGCUUCUACUGGGAAACUCUAUCGCCAGUGAAGCUUUGCCUGUUAUACUAGAUCAAGUCGUCGGUGGCGGGCUAUCAGCAGUACUCGGCAGUACUAUUUUGAUUGUGAUAUUCAGCGAAAUCAUCCCGCAAUCCAUUUGCGCUCGCCACGCUCUCAGCAUCGGGGCAUAUAUGGGUCCUUUCGUAUCAGUGUCCAUGUACCUCCUUGCACCGCUUGCAUGGCCAAUCGGAAAGCUAUUAGAUGGCCUUGUUGGCGAUUGCCACUUGAAAAGCUACAAAAGGAGCGAAUUGUUGACUCUCUUCUCGCUUCAUCAGCGACUGGGAAAGCCAGAAGAAUGCCUUCACGAAGACGAAGUGAGAAUGCUCCAUGGUGCUCUUGGUCUGAUGGAUAAGGUAGCGACAAGCAUCAUGACGCCUGUAAACGAUGUCUUCUCUCUUCCCGCAGAUUCCGUCGUGAACUCAUAUACAAUCAAUCGUAUAAAAGUGGAAGGAUAUUCCCAAAUCCCAGUACAUGCGCCCGGAAAUCACGAGGAUAUCAUCGGAGUACUUUCCACAAAACUCUUGUUAAAAUACAACCCAAAAUCCUGUCGCCGGGUUUACAACUUCGACUGGACCCCCAUCCCGGUUAUACAUGCCAGGACUACUUCGUUGAAUCUUUUGAAGAUUUUCCAAGAAAAGAAAUAUACAAUGUUUCUUGUGGGCCAAAAAGAAAGAAAUCAAGUCCUAGGCAUCAUUACCCGAAAGGACCUAAUGGAGUCGGUGCUUGGACACAAAAUUAUGGACGAUCAUGACAAAGGAAAGACGUUGGACAUAGAGAAAGAAACGAUCCGUCAAAAGCAGCCUCGCCUCAUCAUUCAUACACCCUUGCGGGCCCAGAACAUUGUUCAAAAGCCACAAAUCACUGCUAUAUCGGCUCCGGAAGGGGAACUCCUCCCUUUGUGGGUCAAAUCAAGCUUCCCAGCAAAUUAUGGCUCAUUCGACUACUUCAAUUCAGCAGCCAAAUGGAAAUGCAUUCGGGACUUCCUCCCAGAUACAAAAGUUCAUCAAGAGAUUGAACUUGCUACCACAUACGAAGCGUGA